AUGUCAUCAUGGUCAUACACUGAUAUGAAGAAACACACCGACAUCGGUGACUCAUUCUGGAGUUUUGGAAAAGAGCAGGACUUCAAGCCUCACAUUAGACACAUUGAGCCUGUUCUUACUGAAUGUGAUCUUGACUGGAAAUCCCAUUUGCGCUGGAUACCUGAACCUCGAUACAGCGAUGCCCCAUUUCCACACAUCAAAGACAUAAAGUUUCCAGAUGAAAGGAAACUGAUGAGAUCCUUUCCACAGGCUAAUAUGAUGUCUGAAUCCGAGUGGAGCUUUUAUCCAAACUUUGGACAGCCCAAGACCUAUCACACUGGAAAGAGAUGUUUUAUGGAUGGCAUUAAUCAUACGAGAAGCAUGAGAUGCAUUUCAGAAAAUUCCCUGGAAUCAUCCAUAGGGAGGAAAAAGCAGGGCAAAUGCAGCAUCUACCCAUUAAAAAAGGUCAGGACAUUUCUAGUUCCUGAGUACAGCCCUGGCUUUCACAAAUAUGAAUCAACACUACGCAGGACCACUUUUGGGUCUGGAUCUUUUGCCACAUUUAAAUCAUUUAUUCACCUAAAACCCCUACCAAAAGACAUCAGUCCACCGUAUGCAGAGAAACGUAAAAGUCGUUUGCGAGAGGAGGACAUUCUUGAAGUCCAGAGUCUGAGCAGUUGGAGGCCAGCACCAGACAUCUAUGACAGGACCGUCUUGCAGGACACCUAAUUUGGAAGGUGUUGAAACCAUGCUUACAUAUAUUUAUUGUUCUUAUGUGUUGUUAUUGUUAGUGUUUUCUCUUUAGUUAGACACAUUACAGUUUUAUCGAAGUAACAUAAGUACUUUCCAUUGAGUAUAUCUUACAAUAUUUAGGUAUGGUUUAGCGCUAGUUUCACAUUGGAAAGGACUGAAGCAUUAUUUGACAUAUUAGUUAGGGGUCCAUCAACUAGAUUUUCCUUAAUUUCCUGACAAAGACAAAUGAAAGUCUUUUCACUUGCCAAAAUUUAAUCACAGAAUAGAAUAGGGAGCAGUAGUUGUGUUGGCAUGUAGCUUUUUAAUAGUUAAUAAAAGAUAAACACAAUGUCUUUCACAUUCUUGUUUUAUGAUAAUCAGAAUUGAGUAUAUGGAUCCUUCAUACUCUGUAUGAUAUAUUAUAGGCGAAAGUUUUAUUGUCAUUUUAUUGUCAUUAUAAGCAAAAGUUUUGUUUUCAUUUUUGCACUGAACCAUAUUUUACAGUGGGUGUAUUUUCUUUUGUAAUAAUGUUUUCUAUGGUCGUUUUGUUGCAUAUUCAUUGUCCAUUCGGUUCAUACAGGCAGAUGAAUAAUACCCAUGAGCUUAUCAACACUGCACAGCCUGUAUGUUGUCAUUGAUGUGCAGCAAGACUGUCUCUGACCUCACACAGCAGCACACUUUAAUAAUAUACCUUGACUUGAAUCACAGUUAUGCAGUAGAGAUAGAUGAUAUUGUUUCAGUCUAAUAAUG